ACUUCUUCAUUGCUUGGGUAUAGAACCGAGCUCGGCGAGGCACCCACGUCUGCUCUUGAUGCUUCGCUUAAUCAGCAAAUACAAACAAGCGUCAGUGAACGUAAGAUCUUCCUCACGCCGGCAGAGAUGCAGUCCUCCUCUGCUGACUCGAGACUGCUACUGGAUGCUGCAUCAUUCUACUCAAGAGAAUUGAACUCCGGGUAUGAACUGCAGAGCUCAUUGUCAGAAGCUCAAAAAGUGCGAGCGCUUUGCCUGAAUCUGAGACCAGCCUUUAUUGUUGGCACUGCAUUCACGGCCAUCUUCGGAAACCUGAUCCACGUUGUGACAGUGCCCACUCAAAAUUCUCUCAUGAAGAAUCUCAAGUGCUUUGAGGACAAGUGCCCCCUCCACUGGUGGAGCUGGAUGGCCGUGUCGAUUCCGGUCGCGCUUGUGCCAUGUACCAUUUGCUGGACCUACAUUUACCUGACUCUCCUAUUACCGCGGUAA